CGCGAGUACGUCGAUACGAGACAGCAAGCAAGAAAGCGGUUCUAGGUAUUACCAGACGUUGAACGCGUUCAGAAUGAAGCUUGCAAUUUUGUUGCUGCUCUCCUUCACGGUGUUAACAUUGGCAAGACCCCAGAAUGAUAAUCCGGAUAAUACGAACAAUAAUGAAUCGAAUCCGAGUGAGCCAAUUGAAUCAACAAAAAACACGGGAGAGUCAGAAAACUCAAACGGAGGUGAGCUAGAGCUUCAACAGUUUGUGGACAAACUUCUUCUCGAAUUGAAGCCCAUUCUUGGAGAAGAGACAGUUCUACUCUUGAAAAACCUCGUUACGCCACUGCUCAAACUCCCUCUAAAUCUAGUUGAGGAUACUUUAAUCGGAGUAGUCAAGGGCCCACAAGAUAUCACCAAACUGCUGAUAGACCCAGUGGUCAACGUAUUGUUGUCUGCACUAGAAUCUCUGUUGGCUACACCUGACAAUCUACUUAAAAUUAUAGGAAGUCUAUUAAGUCAACUAUUAGGUUUCUUAUGAUUUGAAUUUGUCUAUUAUUUCGGUGGCUGGAAAAUUCAUUUGCAUCCGGAAUAACACAUAAGUAAUUAAUACAGAAGGAGCAAUUAUAUGUGACAAAUUGUAUCGAAGUAAUAAAAUUUAAUAAACAACAACGAA